AGAUUCACCUCUAAAUUUCGCCGUUUCGCCAUGUCACCUCAAAGUGAGGUGGAAGAAGAGGAAGUGACAGAACCCUCGGAGAGAGCGCUGUUGAGUGGAGUGCACCAGUCUCGUUCUCGGAGAUUCUUUCUACCACCGAACUCGCAGAGCAUCUCAGGUGCACUGGUUGCUUUGGGCCUGGUAUCUCUCUCGCUGGUUGUCGCAUGGUUCGCCAUAGGUCUGAACAGCACAGAUGCGGAAAGAAAUGCCAUUCGUGUCCGAGCUCAUGCAAAGACUCGGGGAUUCCAACGUCUUUGGGGAUCGAAAGGUUCUUGUCGCGUCAUGGGCUGUGGCUCUGAUACCUUUGUGGGAACUUGCCAGUGUAACGAUGGCUGCCAGUACUUCAACGAUUGCUGCAUGGAUUACCAUGCCUACUGUGGUGCAGCGAGCCAAGCCUCCCCUGACCCUCCUGCCUUACACGGUUCCUGUCGAGAAUUUGGUUGUGGUUCCAACAAUCGUGGAUGCAACGGUGUGGCCAACUGCAAUCUUUGUGACUGUUCUUCAUCCUGCAAUGAGAAUGGAAACUGCUGCCACGAUUACCAGUACUACUGCUUCGAUGGUGGCAGGGACAGCGGAGGAUGGGGUGAUGGUGAUGGCUAUGAUGCCUACGGAGACUACGCAGAUGGAGACCAAAGUUAUGGCCAGGAUGAUGGCUACGCUGAAGGAAGUGACUAUGGAGAUGGAGAUGCUUCCCAUUAUCAUCACUACCAUUAUCACCACCACCAUUACCACAGCAGUUACCAUGGCGAAGAGGGCGAUGGCCGCGAUGGUGACGAUGGUGGCUCUUCCGACUACCAGGACAGCAGCGGUCACUGGGGUCCAGGGCGACAGCGGUCCCAGUUUGGCCCUUGGGGCAAAAACAGCCCCACGGAGGUCAUUUCCACCGCUCCAGAAACCACCAGCGCUCCGCCCACUCCGCCUCCAAAAACCACCAUCGUCUACGAGGAGACCACUCCAGUGAAACACACCGAAGCCAGGCCAAGGUCCCAUGGUCACUAUGCUGGCACCCAUGGCGCCCAUGCUGGCCAUGCUGGCCAUGCUGGCCAUGCUGGCCAUGCUGCCGCCCAACGUGCGCACGAAAGUCACGAAAGUCACAAGGCGCCGAAGGAAGCGAAGGAAGAGAAAGGGACAGUCGGCGCAGCAGCUCAGAAGGAGACCUACGAGGAAUUCACGGAGAGAGUGAAGAACUCCAUGAGCGACGACGCCUCGCGGCAUGAGAUCUUCUCAGCACACCGAGACGCAUGGUUAGAGAUGCUACAAUGGCAACAAGUCUCUGGAUGCCCUGCGCAAAUGAUGGACAAGGAUGUGGCCAAUGGUCAGGCUUUAGACAGCAUUCCACAUGUGCUCUCUGCAGCGGUUUGUCAACGUCUCUGCACGGAGAGAGCCGGCUGCGAUGCGAGUGCCUGGGGAGGAGUGCGCCACAGACCAGGAUUGACGAAUGUGUGCUUCCUGAAGAGCACCAAUGGCCCGGCGCGGUUCAAAGAUAACCCGGGGGUUGUGGCCUCAAUGGCCUGCUGCCGUGCUGGUGAGGACACCAAGUGUCCUGAACUGGUGCGUGAUGCAGACCUUCACACAGACGACUCCCUGCCACCUCAACCAGGUGUGGGCAGUGUGGGGGAGUGCCAGCAACUCUGCACCAAAAAUCCAAGGUGCAAUGCUUUUACCUGGGGCGCGGAUCGGAAUACCCCUGGGCUCACGGAUGUGUGUUUCAUGAAGACCAUCGCAGAGGGCAAUGCUCCCAGAGUGCUGGAGAAACCUGGUGUGGUGUCAGGCCUGCCAUGUGGCUGUCGGGCCCCAGUGGAACAUGCCUUGUGGCCACAGAAUGAGGUGGAACUCUUCAAGAUGCCAGAGCCAGGAAGUCCACAACCAGCUGAAGUUGGGUCGGCCUACUGCGUGAUCCUGAUGAGACCCUACACCUAUGAGGCUUCGUUGUUGCAACUUCAGUUCAACCAGAGGAAGGGUGUCUUUGCUUGUCCUGGUUAUGAUGUCUUCAGCAACCAGGAAAUGAUCUUGGCAGAUGGGCUGAAGACAAAAAAGAUCCGCAGCAGUCAGAUGUGUGAAGUCGGUGGUGAGUUCAAAACAGCUUUGAAUCUUCGGAUUUUCGCGGCAUUUUGGAAGGAGGUCUUCACACGGAAGGACUACAUGAAUUACAACUGGCUGGUCAAGGCUGAUGCAGAUACUGUCUUCUUUUAUCAUCGUUUGCCUGGGCUUCUCCAAGAGUACGAAGACAGGGCAUCCAGUCCCUCUGGUGAGGGCGUCUACUUCAACAACUGCAAGUUUGGCAUGCAUGGGCCGUUGGAAGUAUUCUCCCAAAAUGCCAUCUUAGCUCUGCAGGGGCACUUCAAAGACUGUUAUUUCUAUUUCAGAAAGCUGUGCAGCGGAGAUUGCCAUUGGGGCGAAGACUUGUGGGUUGACCAAUGCUUGAAGCGCCGAGCCAACGAAACCAUUUCGCGGGUCAACAAGUACGGCCUGUUGGAGGAACAACAUUGUGAUCCAGAGGAAGACUGGGACAGCUGUGAAAAUCCGCACAAGGUGGCAUUUCAUCCCUUCAAGUCGGAAUCAUCUUGGCAGCGAUGCAUGCAACAUGCCGGAGGUUGAGGUUCAAGAGCGUUGCUUGGUCCAGUGCUGUCCGGUGCACCGUAGGUCUGGUUUCACCAUAGUGAAAUCGCUGACGAGCUUCCGUGGG